AUGAGGAGUAGUGCAUACUAUCAAGUUGUGUGCGUUGCGUUGCUGCUGAGUGUAACAGCAGGUGCAAUGGCACAGAGCUCUUCGAACGUGAGAGCAACGUACCACUACUACAACGCGGCUCAGAACGGAUACGAUUUGAGAGCCGUGAGCGCUUACUGCGCAACAUGGGAUGCCGACCAGUCCCUCGCAUGGCGCAGCCAGUACGAGUGGACUGCCUUCUGUGGCCCUUCCGGCCCCACCGGCCAGGAUGCCUGCGGCAAAUGCUUGAGGGUGACCAACACAAGGACUGGAGCUCAGCUAACAGUGAGGAUUGUGGAUAAGUGCGCUAAUGGAGGCUUGGAUUUGGACUGGAGUGCGUUUCAGAAGCUGGACACUGAUGGCAAUGGCUACAACCAAGGUCAUCUCAUCGUCAACUAUGAGUUCGUCAGCUGCUGAUCGAAUGAAGUACUACUUCUCUAUGAGUAUUAUGCAUUAAUCAAUUAA